UUUCAAUGCGCACUGUACCCCAUCAAACAAGCUUUGAAUAUUCUACUCCGAAUUUCAUGAAUAAAAAAGAAAAAGAAAAAUAUACUACUCCUGAAUAACGUCCCACCAAUUUUCCGGGAAUCUUCCGCAUUCGGCCGGUUUAUCUAAACUCCCAUUUGAUUCUGCUUUAUCAUCAUCACUCGAUAUAUUCAAAUUGGACAUAGAGUGAUGCAUGUUUGUUGGGAGUAUAUAUAUCUUCCGUCGCAUCUCUGCUAUCAGCCGCUUUUUUCAGUUGCAGUCUUUCUUGGGUCCUUCUACGUUGCGUACUGAAUCGAGAGAGCACAGUUUCUGUGAUUUCAAAGGUUUAUGCUCUGGUGUUGUUUGUGGGUUUGACAGCCUUCAUUUACUUCUUUUUAAAGAUGAUCAAUACCAACUAAGCUGCACUUCACUGUAUUUUGAUAGAGCCCUGAUUGUUGGUUUGGUAAAAUUCAUCUAUUUUAUGAUUUAUUUUGGCCAUUAAAAACUGUGAACCUGUGCUUAUUUAUCUGGUUUAUUGGUUUCUGCAGCACUUUCCGAUGAUUUUUCACUUUGGACUUUGGUGUAUGUUUGAGAAAAGGAAUUUCUAAACCUUAAAUGGAGAUUUAGUUUGCAAUUGAAUUAUGGCUUCAUCUAGCUAGGUUGUAGCCAAGCUUGUGAAGAUUCAUCUGCUCUGCCCUUCCAAACGAAAUGGGACUAGUUUUGCUAACAUUGUGCUUGCUUGUGGAAUCUGCUGCCUCUGGCUUGUUGGAGCAUGAAACGGAUUGCGGCAAGUACCAUGUUACUAACUCAAAUGAUCCUAGUCGCCAACUCUUCUAUAUCAACGACAAAUUGGUAGAGCGGUAUUUAUUCUGCAAGGCUAUGCGCGAUGAUCACGGGAGACAAUGCUUUGUUCUCAGAAACAAGUAUUGCCGGUCAUUAGAGAAGCUGCCUUUGCUGUCUGGCAGAAAAUCCCUCCACGCUGUUGCCAGAGACGGGUAUAGUGAGAUUGAUUCUGAUAAAACAACUUCGGGUGGAAAGGAUAAAUAUGACAAUCCUGUAUUAAAACCGAAAAUGCUAGCCAUGGCAGCGCCUGCUUUCUUUCUUUUGUGUUGUACUUUAGUCUGUCCGUGCUUUCAGGCAAGGAAAAAGGAUUCUGGUCAUACUCUCUCCAGGGAACCAAAUUCAACUGAUGCAUUUACAUCUUUAGAAAUGAAUCCUAUACUUGAAAAGAUUGUUGGCAGCCCACAAAGAGUGCCUCCGAGUCCCUUGAGAGUGCCCCCAAGUCCUUCAAGAUUUUCAAUGUCUCCGAAACUCAAUAGGCUCGGAUCUGUUCGUUUAAAUAUGCACCAAGUUUUGAGGGCGACCCAAAAUUUUUCUUCUUUAUUAGUAAUAGGCGAAGGAGGGUAUGGAACUGUUUACAGGGGCAAACUACCAGAUGGCCAGGUUGUAGCUAUCAAACGAGCAAGAAAGGAGCAUUUUGAAGCCCUGCGGACUGAGUUCCGAAGUGAAGUCGAACUUCUAGCUAAAAUCGAGCAUCGCAACCUAGUGAAGCUUCUAGGUUAUCUUGAAAAAGGAAACGAACGCCUGAUCAUCACGGAGUAUGUUCCCAACUGUACCCUUAGGGAGUAUUUAGACGGUAACAAGGGAAAGAUAUUAGAUUUCAAUCAGCGACUCGGGAUUGCCAUCGAUGUUGCUCAUGGCUUAACGUAUCUCCAUCUAUAUGCCGAGAAGCAGAUAAUCCACAGGGACGUUAAGUCCUCAAACAUUCUUCUGACGGAGAGCUUGAGAGCCAAAGUCGCGGAUUUUGGAUUUGCCAAGCUGGGAGACGACAUGGAGAAAACUCACGUAUCGACCAAAGUAAAAGGGACAGUGGGUUACCUCGAUCCCGAGUAUAUGAAGACAUAUCAACUUACGACAAAGAGCGACGUGUACUCAUUCGGGAUACUGCUUAUAGAGAUAUUAACCGGGCGCCGGCCCGUGGACCCCAAAGGAGCGCCAGAUGAGAGGGUGACGGUGAAAUGGGUUUUUCGCAAGUACAACGAGGGGAGAUUCCGGGAGAUGGUGGAUCCUCUGCUACAUGAGAAGAUAGGCAAGGAGAUAUUGGGGAAGAUGUUUGGUUUGGCUAUCCAAUGCGCUGCGCCGACGCGAGCGGAUCGGCCGGAUAUGAAAGCCGUGGGAGAGCAGUUGUGGGGGAUUAGAAUGGACUACAACAGCAAGCCUAGUCAAUUCUAGCUUGAUUUAUCGAGUCAAGCCUCGAGCUUUUUUUAAAAAAAUAUUUGGAAAUUCUUAACUUCAUCAACCCACACUGAGAUUUUUAAAUUUAUUAUUUAAAAUAUUAAUUAUUAAGCUCA